ACGUCCCAUACAAAUACUAGAUUGUGUUUUCUUAUCAGGAACUCAAAUAUAUCAAAAUGUUACUCUUUGUAUCUCCGAAAUGUGUUCUCCCGUCAAAAAAACAAGAGCCCUACAAUCCCAAAUCAACACAUCUCAAGAUCCAAUGUAUGUCUAAGUCUAACCAAACAACCCCAAUCGAAAAAAUCGCCAUAGGUGGUGGACUAAUAUCCACACCAGUAAUUGGAUGGUCACUUUACACUCUAAAAACAACAGGAUGUGGGCUUCCACCAGGACCUGCUGGUUCAAUUGGAGCAAUUGAAGGUGUAAGUUACUUAGUUGUGGUGGGUAUUGUGGGUUGGUCAUUGUAUACCAAGUCCAAAACCGGGUCGGGUUUGCCUAAUGGACCAUUUGGGUUGUUGGGUGCUGUUGAAGGGUUGUCUUACUUGUCGUUGUUGGCCAUUUUGGUCGUCUUUGGGUUGCAGUUCUUGGAACAAGGUUCCAUUCCUGGGCCACUCCCUACCGAUCAAUGCUUUGGCUAACAUUUUAUUAGUCUCAGGCGCGUCGAGAUAUGAGUUUAAUUUUUAAGGUUUGUAGCGAUGGAGUCAUUGUGUUUUUAAAAAUUAUGAGUUUGUAUCUAUGGUUUAUUGUAGUUUUCAUAAAUUUGCACUCCACCAUGAAAGUAUUGGAUUCAGAUCAUGGACAUAUAUAUCUCUCUCUGCAAAAUUAAGUUAUUUAUAUAUGUACUUUUUAAUUGAUACAAUAUUAUCCGUUGUAGUUCAUCUCAAAAAUAUUGAAUGUUGAGUUAUUUGUCUGUAAUGGAGAUUAAUUUUUACU